AUGAAUCCUUUUCCAGGAAUGAGCCGUCAGGAUUUUCGGCGAUACGGCAAGGAAACAGUGGAUUACAUAGCAGAUUAUAUGAAAACGAUCCAGAAGAGGCGUGUGGUGCCAGCCAUCGAACCAGGUUAUCUCAAAAAUUUGAUACCGUCAGAAGCCCCGUCACGAGGUGAACCGUGGGAAAAGGUGAUGGACGACUUUGAGAAACUGAUCAUGCCUGGCGUGACCCACUGGCAGCAUCCUAGAUUCCAUGCCUAUUUUCCAGCUGGUAACUCAUAUCCGUCAAUCCUUGCCAACAUGAUCGGGGACGCACUGGGUUGUGUUGGAUUCAGUUGGGCCUCUUGCCCUGCUAUGACCGAACUGGAAAUGAUAAUGCUACAUUGGUUUGGCAAGAUGAUCGGCCUCCCAAAAGAGUUCCUGCCGCUCACAGAGGGAGGCAAAGGAGGCGGUGGCUCUGCUUCUGAAUGUAAUUUCGUGUCAUUGUUAGCCGCUCGGUUCGAGGUCAUGAAGGAACUCCGCCAACGAUUUCCUUUUGUAGAGGAAGGCCUUUUGCUGUCCAAACUAAUCGCUUACUGUUCUAAAGAGGCUCAUUCCUCAGUGGAGAAGGCCUGCAUGAUUGGUAUGGUGAAGCUACGAAUUCUAGAGACCGACUCCAAGUUCCGACUACGAGGCGAUGUGCUUCGGAAUGCCAUACAAGUACGGCUCUGGCUCCAUGUAGAUGCCGCCUAUGCCGGUUCGGCGAUGAUAUGUCCAGAGUUUCGUCAUCUGAUGAAUGGCAUCGAAUACGCCAUGUCCUUCAACACCAAUCCUAAUAAAUGGAUGCUGGUCAAUUUUGACUGCAGUACGAUGUGGGUCAAGGAUCGUUUCAAGCUGACACAAGCCCUUGUCGUGGAUCCGCUAUAUCUGCAACACAGUUGGAUGGAUAAAUCGAUCGACUAUCGUCACUGGGGAAUUCCUCUGAGCAGACGGUUUCGUUCGCUGAAGCUGUGGUUCGUGAUCCGCUCCUACGGUGUGGAAGGUCUUCAAAACUACAUCCGAGAGCAUGUCCGCUUGGCGAAAAGGAUGGAGUUGUUGCUGCGAUCUGAUCCGGUCUUUGAGAUCGUUGGUGAAGUCAUUAUGGGUCUAGUAUGCUUCAGAAUGAGGGAAGCGAUGACCGCAAUCAGCAAUUGCUCACGCGUCUCAACAGCUCAGGAAGAAUACACA